AGAUGAUUGGAGUGAAUGGGUGUAGAUUGUGCAUACCCAUACAUUACCAAAACCCAAAACUCAACCACACACACCCACGCCACGCACCACCACAAUUCACAUUUCCCAUCAUCACCACUGUCACUGUCGUCAUCAUCAUCACAUCAUCAACAUCGGAAACUGUCAACCUCUUCCGGCGGCCGUUGAUCUCCUCUUUCUCAUAAUCUGAGCAGAGCAGGACGAGGCUUCCUCUAAUCAAGUCCUUGUUGUUGUUGUUGUUGUUCUUCCACAAGCUGAGCUGAGCUGAGAUUAGAUUAGAUUCUUCUAUGUGUGUUGACCUUAAUUGGAAUCAUGGUUGCGUUGCUAUACUCUUUCUGUACUUUUGGGGAAGAACCGAAGCUGAUUAGGCCUUUCUAGUCUUUGACUUUUGUUUCCCAGGCUUCUCUCAGCUCCGAUCUGUGUUGUUCCUCAGCUCUCUUUUAAUAAUCUGGCUUGGAAUUUCAAUUUUUGGAUUCGGAUCUUUUUGGUUUACUUGUGAUUUUCAUCUAUGGAGGCUAGAUUUGGCGGUGAGCCUCGUCAUUUCUUCGGCAUGAGCUCUGCGGAUUUGACUACUGUGAGGAAGAGGACCAUGGAGUGGGAUUUGAAUCAAUGGAAAUGGGAUGGGGACCUUUUUAUUGCUAGUUCCGUCAAUCCAGUGGUGCCGUCGGAGGGUAUGGGUAGGCAGUUUUUCCCAGCUGGGGGUUCCUCCAACUCCAACACGUCUUCUUCUUGCUCCGACGAAGGGAAUCUGGUGAUUGAGAAAGGGAAGAGGGAAUUGGAGAAGCGGAGAAGGGUUAAUGCGGUGGAGGACGAGAAUUUGAACGAUCAAACGGGUAAUCUUACGCUAAAGCUGGGAGGACGUGGUCACCAUCUUCAUCAGCAGGCUUCUGAAAGGGAGAUGGGGAAUUGGGAAGGAACCAGUGGUAAGAAGACCAAGUUCGUCGGUGGUACUUCAAGCCGUGCGAUUUGUCAGGUGGAGGAUUGUGGAGCUGAUCUGACUAGUGCCAAGGACUACCAUAGAAGACAUAAGGUUUGUGAAAUGCAUUCCAAGGCUGUUAAGGCGCUUGUUGGGAACGUUAUGCAGCGAUUUUGUCAACAGUGUAGUCGGUUUCAUGCCCUUCAAGAGUUCGAUGAAGGGAAGAGAAGCUGUCGUAGACGAUUAGCUGGUCAUAACAAACGGAGAAGGAAGACAAAUCCUGAUACUGUUGCUAAUGGAAAUUCACUAAGUGAUGAUCAAACUAGUGGCUAUCUGUUAAUAAGUCUGCUGAGGAUAUUGUCCAACAUGAACUCCAAUAAACCUGACCAGAGUACCGAGCAGGAUCUGUUAUCACAUCUUUUAAAGAGCCUUGCUAACCAAACAAGUGAGCAAGGGGGAAAAAAUGUAGCUGGCCUUUUGCGUGACCCCCAAAAUUUGCUGAAUGAUGGGGCUUCAGUUGGGAACUCAGAAGUUGUUUCUACUUUUCUUUCAAAUUGUUCUCAAGGCCCUCCAAGGCCUAUCAAACAGAAUCAUGCUGUAUCUAUUUCGGAAAUGCCACAACAAGGCAUUCAUCUGCAUGACACUAAUGGUGGAAGUGUACAAGCCACUUCUUCUGUAAAACCCAGCAUUAUGAACAGCCCUCCAUCUUACUCAGAAGCAAGAGACAGUACUGCAGGACAUAGCAAGAUGAACAAUUUCGAUUUGAAUGACAUAUACAUUGAUUCAGAUGAUGGUGUUGAGGAUCCAGAAAGAUCAUUCCCCCCUACGAAUUUGGUUACUAGCUCCCUUGAUUGCCCUUCGUGGGUACAGCAAGACUCUCACCAGUCAAGUCCACCUCAAACUAAUUCAGAUUCAGCAUCUGCUCAGUCACCCUCUAGCUCAAACGGAGAAGCUCAGAGCCGCACAGAUAGAAUUGUUUUUAAACUCUUCGGGAAAGAGCCAAAUGAUUUUCCUCUUGUCCUGCGUGCACAGAUUCUUGACUGGUUAUCACACAGUCCGUCAGACAUUGAGAGCUACAUCAGGCCUGGUUGUAUCAUUUUAACCAUUUAUCUACGUCAAUCUGAAUCAGCAUGGGAAGAACUAUGUUAUGACAUUAGUUCCAAAUUGAGUAGGCUUCUGGAUGUCUCAGAUGACACUUUUUGGAGCACUGGAUGGACCUUUAUAAGGGUCCAGCAUCAAAUAGCUUUUGUUUGCAAUGGUCAGGUCAUAGUAGACACGUCCUUGCCUCUCAGAAGUAGCAACUGCAGCAAGAUUGUAAGUAUUAAGCCUAUUGCACUACCUGCAUCUGAGAAAGCUCAGUUUCUAGUCAGAGGUACAAACUUGGUGCGGCCUACCAUGAGGUUAUUCUGUGCUCUAGAAGGGAAAUAUCUGGUUCAGGAAGCCACCCAUGAGUUAAUGGAUGGUGAUGAUAACUCAGAGCAUGAUGAGCAAUGCAUCAAUUUUUCUUGUCCUAUUGAAGUUACAAAUGGACGAGGAUUUAUAGAGAUUGAAGAUCAAGGUCUUGGCAGCAGCUUCUUUCCUUUUUUAGUUGCGGAGGAGGAUGUUUGUUCAGAGAUCCGUAUGCUUGAGAGUGUGCUGGAAUAUACUGAAAGCGAUACAGUUGGAGACGAAAUCGGAAAACCAGAAUCUUACAAUCAAGCGAUGGAUUUUAUUCACGAAAUGGGUUGGCUUCUUCAUAGAAGUCAGUUGAGAUCUAGAUUGGGUGACUCGGAUCCUAAUGCAGAACCCUUUACUUUAAAGCGUUUCAAGUGGCUUAUGGAAUUCUCUGUGGACCAUGAUUGGUGUGCUGUAGUAAGAAAACUACUAGACAUUCUAAUCGAUGGAAGUGUAGGUGAAGGAGAGGAUCGUUCCCUUGACCUUGCAUUAUCAGAAAUAGGUCUUCUUCACAGGGCUGUGAGAAGAAAUAGUAAGGCUCUAGUAGAAGCCCUCUUGAAAUAUGCCCCUACGAAUUUAUCAAAGUUAAAAUCUGAAGAAAAAUCAGCUACCGAUGCUCCCACCCCCAACUUCUUAUUUAGACCUGAUGUCACGGGCCCAGGAGGUUUAACUCCCCUCCACAUUGCAGCUGGAAAAGAUGGUUCAGAGGAUGUACUAGAUGCAUUAACCAAUGAUCCUGGAAUGGUGGGAAUUGAAGCCUGGAAGAGUGCUCGUGACAGCACAGGCUCUACACCCGAAGAUUAUGCGCGCUUGCGAGGCCAUUACACCUACAUCCGCCUUAUCCAAAGGAAAAUUAACAAGAAACCUGGAAGUGGGCACGUAGUGGUUGACAUACCUGGUGAUCAAAAGGAGGACUGCAGCUCAAACCAGAAGCAAAAUGAGUUGGCCAACACCACCACCUUUGAGAUAGGAAGGUCUGAGCAGAGACGUAUUCAGCGUCCGUGCGGGCUUUGUGAUCGGAAACUGGCGUACGGUACAAGCAGUAGAUCUGUGGUGUACAGGCCUGCAAUGCUCUCAAUGGUUGCAAUUGCUGCGGUCUGUGUUUGCGUAGCGCUUCUGUUUAAGAGCUCUCCUGAAGUGUUAUACGUAUUCCAGCCAUUCAGGUGGGAAAUGUUGGAGUUUGGAACAAGCUGAGGGAUGGUCCUCCCCUCCCCUCCCCUCCCUUAUAUAUUAUAUAUAUAUAUAUAUAGUAGAAAACGGUUGUUUGUUUGUUGUACGCGUUGUAGACUUCUAUUAAAAAGCAAUGUUUGGUGUAGAACGAGGCUGUGAAUUGGGUACAUUAAUAUUAAUUAUUGACAUAUUUUAAUAAUACUAAUUUAAUAUUUGUGCAA